AUGACGACGAACCCUUCGUCCUGGGACACCUUCACACCAUCCUUGUCAAAGUAUGGAACGGAGGAGAUAUCCCGCGAGAGUGGAAGGAUGCAACCAUCAAAGGUGCUGUACAAGAAGGGUGACCGGUCCAACUGUAACAACUACAUACAGGGGGAUUUCACUACUAUCUCAUGUAGGCAAGGUCCCCAUCAAGAUCAUCACCAACCGUCUAACGGCCUUCUGCGAGCCAACAACAUCCUCCCGGAGGAACAGUGCGGAUUUCGACCCGGGCGAUCCACCGUCGACAUGCUGUUCGUCGUGCGCCGCCUCCAGGAGCUGGGGCGGAGAAAGAAAAUACCGCUCUACAUGUGCUUCGUCGACUUGAACAAGGCGUAUGAUUCGGUGGACCGAGAGAUGCUAUGGAAGGUGCUGGCCAGGGCCGGGAUUCCCGCGAAGCUGAUCGAAGUCAUCCGCCAAUUCCACGAUGGAAUGCGGGCCCGGGUGCGCAUGGACGACGGAGAACUAUCGGACUGGUUCUUCGUGACACAGGGCGUGCGACAAGGAUGUGUGCUAUCCCCACUGCUAUUCAACAUCUUCUUCGCCGAGGUCCUCGAGUUCGCUGCCAUCCGAUUCAGCGAGGAUGAUGUUGUUCUGCGGAGCCUGGUGUGCUUGGAGGAGGGGAAAACGGAAGCCCGGGGGGGGGAGGAGACACCCCUUGACCGAGGACGGAAGGCAGUAUGGGGGAUGCUGUAUGCCGAUGAUGCCGGCGUCGUAUCGAGGUCUGCAGAAGGACUGGCGAGAGUAAUGACCAUCAUCGUUGAGGUGUUCGGGGAGUUCGGGCUAACGGUGUCGGAGAAGAAGACGGAGACGCUCCUGAUGCGCGCAAAGGACAAGCCGACUACAACAUCACAGCCCCCCCCGCCUCCACCGCUGACUAUCGAAGCCGCGGGGCAGAAAUAAGCCCAGACGACCGAGUUCCGGUACCUCGGUGGCCUUGUUCGUCAACGAACAUGGCGACCUCACCCGGGAGAUCAACUUCAUACAGGAGCAGAGGAGCGUGGGCGUGCCUCAGGCGAUAUGGCCGGGAGCUCUUCGACAGACCGCAAGCGCCAUUCCGACUCAAGAUCCGCCUGCUCCAGGCGGAGGCGAUGGAGGCACUGCUGUACGGUUGCAUGACAUGGUCACCACUCAGCGGCCACUAUCAGACGCUGCGGUCGAUACACCACCGACUGCUCCUCCGAGUCCUCGGGUACAAGCGCAAGGGGGGAGAAGCGACGUAGGGGGGGACAGGAACAGAACUGGCCGAAGUGUGUGCUCGACGACCUAAAGGCAUUCGGGGCCGACCACGGAUCUACGAAAAUCGAUCCAUAUUGUCUCGGAAUCCCGGUGCCGAAAGACACGGCACCGAAGUAAAGUGGACGGAAGCCGCGAAGGUGGCGGGGAGAGUCCCCUGGCAUGCGGCGGUGCUACAGGGAGCUGAGAGGUUCAUGACCUCCUGGCACGAGAAGGAAGAAGAUGCCAGCCGACAACGAGCGCUCAAACGAAACCACAAGCCAACAACCAAUGGGGCGGGAGGGGGGCAGGAGACGGACGAGGCGGCGAGGGAAGAAAGCAAACGAGAAGGAACGGACCGAGUGGGGCGAUACGUGCCGGAUAUAAUUUGUUUUAGCCAAUUCCCCCCCCCCAACGCUGCACCAUUGCACCAACCCCCCACUAGUGAUGACGUACCAUUACAAUGUAUCGCUGUCUGGUGGCCAUGUUUGCGUGUUUGCUUGUUCGUUAGUGGUCUCUCCAACGUGUGCCUUUUUCUGUCUCUUAUUUGUUGUCAUUUUUCGCCCUGGUCCCUUCUUCUUGUCCUCGCUCUCUUUCUUUUUUUUUGCUCUUCUUUCCUUACUGUUUCCUUUUAUUUUUUCUCCCUUUUUUUCUCGCUUUUUCUGUGCCAGAUGGCCUUGUCUGCUUGCGUUGUGAAGUAGCAAGAUCGAACCAAGGGUUGUACCUAUUUCUCUCCGGCCCGUGAUGGUGACUCCUAGUCUCAGUUGUUACCUCGCAUAGCGCGCAGGGGGAGUGGAGGACUCCAGAAUAUCUGUCGUUGAUAUCUACUUGUAUAAUUUAAUAUUGACUUGCGGACCCCUCGCGGCCAGUUUAUUUGAGUGUACCUUUUUAGGGUAAAUUAUUAGCCGUUCAUUAGUCGUUCACCAAGGGAAAUUUCUGAAUCAAUGAUGCGAACUGCCGCUGAACUGGAACCAUCACUGAACAUUCGUCUCCAAGCCCGCGCCACAAGACUACAGUCCAUUCCCUUGGCCGAGCUGCUGUUCUCCGCCCACACACGAGCUGGACCCAUCCGAUUUCCCGACUUGCAAGGCACGCACGUGUGGGAGCUGCAUCCAGGGCUCAUCGUCCACGGUCGAGAGGAGCAGCGUUCCCGCAAGAACGUUCCAGGAGCGUGCACAAAACCAUAUUAGGUGUUCCUCGCCGGGGGUCGACGUAGACGCACGAAGAAGAGCGGAGAUGUCGGC